AUGGCUCGGGGGAGGGGACGGCCAAAAACUACGGUGGCUUCUCCGACGGUGCUACCAACGGUGAGUGGGAAUAAAGGAGGCGCAACACUGAAGGUAACGGAAACAAUGCAAGAGGGAACUUCGACAACUGUAAAUGGUGAUUGUGAAACACUUGAGGGAACACCAGAUUCAGAGACCAAACCAAGGGAAGAGACACUGAGUGAGCAAAGACUUUGGGUUGAUGUGAUUAGCGGGAACAGAUUACCGGCGAAUGGAAUCAUGAUAGGCUACUCAGCUCCAAAGAUAGUGGAAGGCGAAAUCGAAGUGGAAAUUGAGGCUGCUGAUGUUCAAUCGGAGGUAAAAUUCUGGGAACAUACCCUCAUUAUGUACGUGCUAGGGAAAGAUUUAAGUAUGAAUGCUGUGAAACAGUUUAUGCUUCGUACCUGGAAUUUUGUCAAACUCCCUGAACUGUUUUACCAUGAUGAUGGUUAUUUCUUGAUGAAGUUCAAGAAUAACAAAGAGAAGGAAAUGGUACUCCUGAGAGGCCCAUAUUCGAUCCAGACUAUGCCUAUGAUAUUGAAGAAUUGGUGUCCGGAAUUCAACUUUCAACGGGAUAUGAUUCGUACUAUUCCGGUAUGGAUCAAAUUACCUAAUCUACCUCUGCAAAUGUGGGGAGCGUCCAACUUAGGAAAAAUUGGGAGUGCAGUGGGUAAACCUAUGUUUACGGAUGAAUGCACAGCCAAUAAAUUGAGAAUUUCGUAUGCGAGAAUCCUGGUGGAGAUUGACAUUACCAAGAAGCAAAAAGAGAGUGUAACAAUUAAAGAUUGUGAAGGAAACAAGUUUAACCAGCCGAUUGAAUAUGAAUGGAAGCCAAAAUAUUGCGAUACGUGCCAAAAGGUGGGACACCAAUGUGAAAAAGACAAACCAAAGAUAAUGAAGAAAUAG